AAACAGCUGUACUUGAAGACCCAUAAUGCAAUUCGGCUGGCAUUCUGUUCUGAUAUUCAGGCUUUGCAGUACAUCCACAAUGGCUGCGCGAAAUCGCUACGCGAUCCUUUAAUAUGCACCCAGCUGAAAAAGGCGAGGAAAAGGGUACCACCGGACCAGUCUCAAAAUGACCACCGGCUUCAGCUCGAAUUCUUGUCGAUUCGCAGAUUAUUUUGUUAUCUGCGGACUUGACACUGAAAGCGGGCUUGAACCAGACGAACUGUCAGCUUUAUGCCAGUAUAUAGAGGCUACUAAAUUCAGAGAUGGGGCCAGAGGAUUGGCGAGUGCAGAUGAAGGUGAGAAUUUUGAGCAGAGUCCACUGCGGAGAACUUUUAAAUCCAAAGUUCUAGCGCACUACCCAGAGAAUGUGGAGUGGAGUCCAUUUGACCAGGAUGCCGUUGGCAUGCUGUGUAUGCCAAAGGGUCUGUCCUUCCGGACACAGGCGGACACACGCGAGCCUCAGUUUCACCCCUUCAUCAUCACACGGGAGGACGGCUCGCGGACGUAUGGCUUCGCCCUCACCUUCUACGAGGAGGUGACCAGCAAGCAGAUCUGCAGCGCCAUGCAGACCCUGUACCACAUGCACAAUGCCGAACAAUAUGACAUCCUGCACACCCCCACCACCCCGCGGUGCCCAGAGGAGCAGCGCCACCUCCAUCCCCACCCUCUCAACCCCCACCCCCAACACACGCUCCUCCCCACACCCUCCAUCUCCCGGCUGCAGCGCUUCAACUCCUACGACAUCAGCCGCGACACGCUCUACGUGUCCAAGUGCAUCUGCCUCAUCGCACCCAUGGCCUUCCCCCAGGCCUGCAGGAAGGUGCUCCAGCAGCUCCACCAGGCCGUCUCCUCCCCCCCCCCGCCCCUCCCCCUGGAGAGCUACGUCUACAACAUCCUAUACGAAGUGCCCCUGCCUCCCGCUGGGCGCUCCCUGAAGUUCUCGGGGGUGUACGGGCCAGUGGUGUGCCAGAGGCCCAGCACGGCAGAGCUGCCUCUCUUUGACUUCCCUAUCAGCCAGGUGUUUGAGCUGCUGGGGGUGGAGAAUGUCCUCCAGCUGUUUACUUGCGCCCUGCUGGAGAUCCAGAUUCUGCUCUACUCACAGCAUUACCAGAGGCUGAUGACUGUGGCAGAGAGCAUCACAGCCUUAAUGUUCCCUUUCCAGUGGCAGCAUGUCUAUGUGCCCAUCCUGCCUGCCUCACUGCUGCACUUCCUGGAUGCCCCCGUGCCCUACCUGAUGGGUCUGCACUCCAACGGAGAGGGUGACCGCACCAAACUAGAGCUGCCCCAGGAGGCCAACUUGUGUUUCGUGGACAUCGACAACCACUUCAUCGAACUGCCAGAGGACCUUCCUCAGUUCCCCAACAAGCUAGAGUUCAUCCAGGAGAUCUCCGAGGUGCUGUUGGCCUUCGGCGUGUCUCCAGAGGGAAACCCGCACCACAGCCAGGGCCAGGCCAAACACCGGUGCUUACGCUCCACCGACAUGGUCACGGACAGACGCAACGGCAACCUGGCCAGCUCGCCCCUCAACUCCUACCUGCUGAGGGAGAACGAGACCAUCGCCAGACUGCAGGCCCUGGUCAAGAGGACUGGGGUCAGCCUGGAGAAGCUGGAUGUGAGGGAGGAUGCCAGCAGCAACAAGGACCUGAAGGUGCAGUGUGAUGAGGAGGAGCUGAAGAUGCACCAGCUCAACAUCCAGGUGCGAGAGGUCUUCGCCAACCGCUUCACCCAGAUGUUUGCCGACUACGAGGCGUUUGUCAUCCAGCCCAGCCAGGACAAGGAGUCCUGGUUCAGCAACAGGGACCAGAUGCAGAACUUUGACAAGGUGAGAUUUCUCUCUGACCAGCCUGAGCCCUACCUGCCCUUCCUGUCCCGUUUCCUGGACUCAGAUGUUUGCUCCUCCUUCAUCGAUAGUAAGAUCCUUUGCCAUGAUGACGAGGACAAGGAACACACGUUGAGGGUGUUUGACUUCCGCGUGGACAAAAUCCGCAUGCUGAACGUGCGCACGCCCACUCUGCGCACCUCCAUGUACCAGAAGUGCACCAAUAUCGACGAGGCGGAGAAGGCCAUAGAGAUGCGGGUGGUUAAGAUCGACCACACGGCACUGCAUCCCCACCUGCUGGAUAUGAAGAUUGGCCAGGGUCGCUACGAACACGGCUUCUUUCCCCGGCUGCAGUCUGACGUGCUCUCCACUGGACCCAUCAGCAACAAAUGGGCGAAGAGGAGUGCUCCAGCACAGUGGAGGAGGAAGGACAGACAGAAACAGCACGCUGAACACCUUUACCUGGACAACGACCAGAGAGAGAAAUACAUCCAGGAGGCCAGGAACCUGGGCACUACCAUCCGGCAGCCCAAGCUGUCCAACCUCUCCCCCUCAGUCAUCGCUCAGACCAACUGGAAGUUUGUGGAGGGUCUGCUGAAGGAGUGCAGGAAUAAGACCAAGCGCAUGCUGGUUGAGAAGAUGGGCAGGGAGGCGGUGGAGCUGGGUCAUGGGGAGGUCAGCAUUACAGGCGUGGAGGAGAACACACUUAUCGCUUCCCUCUGUGACCUGCUGGAGAGGAUCUGGAGCCACGGGCUGCAGGUCAAACAGGGUAAAUCUGCCUUGUGGUCCCACCUGCACCACUAUCAGGAGAGCAAAGAGAAGACGGAUGCAACGCCAGCCGGUUUGGGUCCCCCAGGUCUCAUCCACAACACAGAGAGACGCAAGUCUGAAGCUGGCGCUGCCUUGCUCCCUCUCAAGGUAUCCCUGAUCAGGGACAUGAGACACAUCCAGAACAUUGGGGAGAUCAAGACAGACGUGGGCAAGGCCAGGGCCUGGGUGAGGCUCUCCAUGGAGAAGAAACUGCUGUCCAGGCACCUCAAAAAGCUGCUGUCUGACCAUGAACUUACAAAGAAACUAUACAAGCGUUAUGCUUUUCUGCGCUGUGACGAUGAGAAAGAGCAGUUCCUGUACCACCUCCUGUCCUUCAACGCUGUGGACUACUUCUGUUUCACUAAUGUCUUCACCACCAUCAUGAUCCCAUACCAUGUGCUGGUGAUUCCCAGUAAGAAACUAGGAGGCUCCAUGUUCACAGCCAACCCCUGGGUGUGUGUGUCUGGGGAGCUGGCUGAGACCGGGGUGCUCCAGGUCCCCAAGCACACUCAGGAGAUCACCUUUGAGUGCCAGAACCUGGGCAAGCUGACCACAGUGCAGAUGGGCCAUGAUAACUCAGGCCUUUACGCCAAGUGGCUUGUGGAGUAUGUUAUGGUCCGGAAUGAGAUCACAGGGCAUGCUUACAAGUUCCCGUGUGGCCGGUGGCUGGGGAAGGGGGUGGACGAUGGCAGUCUGGAGAGGGUCCUGGUGGGAGAGCUAGUGACACCAAACUCAGAGAACGAGGACAGAAUGUGUCGUACGCCCCCCAUGCAGCAGUCCCCUGGGAUGAUGAGGAGGUUCGUCACCAUCUCACCAAACAGCAAACCAAAGUUGAACACUGGUCAGAUCCAAGAGGGAGUGGGAGAAGCCAUCAAUGGGAUAGUGAAGCACUUCCACAAGCCAGAGAAGGAGAGGGGCAGUCUGACCCUUCUGCUGUGUGGGGAGUAUGGUCUAGUCUGGGCUUUAGAGCAGGUGUUCCAGCAUGGCUUCAAAUCCCCACGCCUCUUUAAGAAUGUCUUCAUCUGGGACCUCUUAGAAAAGUCACAAGUGUACUUUGAGAGUGCUGAGCAGAGGGAGGUGACUCCAGAUGAGAACUGGCAAACCAGAGUACGCCACUUCUGCCGCUUCAUGCGGGCCAUCAACAGCACAUCUAGGAACAUAGGCAAGGAUGGGAAGUUCCAGAUGCUGGUGUGUCUGGGUGCCAGGGACCAUUUGUUACACCACUGGAUCGCUCUCCUCGCAGACUGUCCAAUCACGGUGCAAAUGUACGAGGACACAGCACUGAUAAAGGACCGCUCAUUGGUAAAUUCUCUGAUCAGAGUGCUACAGACUUUGCAGGAAUUCAACAUUACCCUAGAAGCUUCACUUGUCAAAGGGAUCGGUAUCUAGGCCGUCCUUCGUUUGCACCAAUUGGACCUGACUAAGGAAGACUGUUAGGGACCACUAAAGAACAAUUAAACAUUUUUAUGCGGAAAGAGACUUGAACAAUUAAGGCACGAUUUCUGGCUUAUAUUAAAGCUACUGUUACAUUUGCCAUAUAUUAAAUGCAAUGAGCCUUUCAAAAUGUGUUGUUAUUUCUAUCCUCAACAAUGUUGCUGUUAGACGUUAAGAAUAUGUUUUCUAUUACGAUCCAUGAUUUUCACAUUGUUGAAGAAGAUAACCCACCUGUUCUAUACUGCUUUAUUGAAAGCUAAAUAUUUUCAUUGUUAUUGUGAACUGCUGACAAUGGCUAUAUUCUAAAAAGGAAAACAAGGAACAAAAAUUGUUAAUAUAUUUUCGGAGAAGAACAGUAUUAUUUUGAUAUGUCUGUCAAGUUGCUUGCUCUGUUCUAAUUCUAACUGUCAUAAUGCAGAGCUUGAAGCAAAUGAUGUAGAAGUAUGCUUUAUAAGUAUGAAUAUGACAUGGUAUAGAUGUUUGUGAAGGAUGGAAAACUGAUUCACCUACAUCAAUAUGACAGUGUGUAAGUUUGGAUCAAUCCCCCUGGAAGUACCGUAGUAUGCAACUCUUCUAUAUGGAAUAACUUGGCCUAAGAAGAGGCUCCUGGCUCCCCCCGUGAAUAAGAUAAUGUAUCGUAUGCUAGUGAUGCACAGUAUGUAUUCAGUUGGAGAAGUAUCAGUAUACGGCCAUGUCAAUGCUUCACACUUGACACAGAACUCUUCAACAGUACAGUACUCAUCAUAACCAUGACUUGGAAAGUGAGUCAUUUAUAAAAUGACAGCCUUCAUGUAAAUACCUGUAACCAGUGCAUCCUUCUUUCCAACAACUUCUCAUUAUUCCUCACCUAUUCUGCCCAUUCCUGGCAGGUUUACAACAUCAUGUCUGUUCAGUAGGGAAAAUUGUAUGAGCUUAUUGCCAGUUAAAUUCAUAAUGAGUGGUACAUAUGGUUGCUAUAAAAGGCCAGAUUCAAAAUAGAGCAAACAAUUCUCCUCUGAACUGUUGGCGUUUCUGCUAUGCAAUAUAAUCCACAUCACACAAAAAAAUCAACCCAAGAUCUAGAUGAGAAUCAUUGGACCUCGUCCAUUUUUCUUACUGUGCAGCAUAUGAUGAUGAAUAACAACAGCAGUUUGAUAGAAGUAGGUGUGAAGGAUGUAUUUCCUGUGCCAACGUCUGGAUUGUGUUGGUUGUACUAUUCCAUGUACAAUCGACAUGAGCAUCUUGGGAGAUAUAUUUUAGUUUUUCAAUACUGAUGUACAUUUAUUGACAUAGCCGUAUAAUGUAGUGUUUACUAAGUGAGGAAAUGUGUACAGUGUAAAAAAUAUAUAAAGAAUAAAAUUACAGAAAUGCAUUAA